AUCCAAAUAGAAACCUUCGGUAAUUUCAACUGCCAUAGAUCUCGUCAAUCACCACCGUCACCGUCACCGUCGUCGUCGUCGCCAUGGCAUCGAACGGAAAAUCACUAUUCCAGAGCCUAAAGCGCUACAUCAAGGCCCCAUGGAACUACACCGGCCCUCAAACGAGCCCGGAGUACUUGUCCGCCGUCCCAAAGGCGACGGAGUAUCGUGUUUUCUGCCCCGCCACCGUUCCGGCUAAGGCCAUCGUGCCUACAUCUAAUCCCGAAACCGUCUACGACAUCAAAUACUUCUCUCGAGAUCAGCGCCGCAACCGCCCUCCUAUCAAACGCACCGUCCUGAAGAAGGCCGAUAUCCAGAAGAUGAUGGCGGAGCAAACAUUUGAUGUCAACGAUUUCCCCAAACCUUACUUGACUGCUAAGGUUCAGGAGGACGAGAACGCCAUAGGCGGAGGCUAUCAAUAAUGAGGU